AUGAGGAAACAAGGGCUUGGAGUUGCAUUGUGUAGAUAUUUAAGUUCAGCUGAAAUUUCUACAGCGUUAAGGCCAUUUUAUUUUAGUGUCCAUCCAGACCUUUUUGGAAAAUACCCAGAACAAAGAAAAACCAAUGAAAAUUCUUUACAACAACUAAGCGCCCUUUUAGAGGCUCAACAAUCUAGUCGCACUAUGUCAAUACCAGUACUUCAAUUUUAUUUAAGGCAAAAGGAUAUGCCUGAAGGUCACUUCAAAUUAGUGAAAAUUAACCUGAAUGGCAACAAUGUUAGAGAAACUGUAGUGAAAAUAUUAAGCGCUUGUGAUAUAUCAACAAAUUAUGUAGACAAAAUACCUAAAAAUGUAACAAAACCUGAAUUUAGUAAACAUGAAUUUACUAGAGCUUAUCAAGAAUAUAAUGAUGAAUUUGAAAAAGUUUCCCGAAUGAAAAGAAAGGUGGAAGAAAAAAAGGCUAUUAGUAAUAUUAUAAGUUGGAUACAUGAAAACAGUACUAUAGCAAAAUCCAAGUAUGAAUCAACGAAAGCUACAAGAGACCAUGUAAAAUCUCUGACAGAGGACCUUUGUAAAACUUAUGGUAUAAAAGAAGUCAAAUAUGACAGUGGUUGGAACAUAAGUCAUAUCAGAGGAGCUCUUCAAAGUCUUGUCUCUUUAGCAUCACAACAUUCAAAGGAUAUGAUUAACUUAAAAGGAAGGACAAUAGCACUAGGACAAUUUACAGGGGUAAGCUUAGACGGAGAUGUUUUUCUUAAUAUUAUCGACGUUAGAAACGAAUGGUUAUCUUUAAUUAAAAAAGUUAGUCAACAGGAUAGCGCAUUAGCACAGAUACCUAAUUAUGAGAAAGCUUUAUCACGGAUAUUAAGAGAUAUUCAUAUCUGUCGAAGAAAGUUCAUGCCCAAAGUUUCUGCAAUUCAGUAUUGCAAUCAUUUGCGACAACUCAUUACUUCGAUCGGCGAUUUCUACGGACGCGGCAAAAAGUUUCCAGACUCGGUACCCGAAUCUCUUAGCAAAUAUGAAAUUGUUGUAGAACCGGAAGCGGGUCCCUUAAUGGUGUCCCCGACGGGUCAGUUUAUAACGCCAUCAUCAUGCCCUGCUGACGAGCUGAUAGCAUUUAUUGCUGACAACCUUGAUGAAGCCACACUGCUGCUUACUGAAUACAGCAUAAACAAGCACGUAGAGAAAGCUUUAUACACUGAGGUAAAGGAACGAUUCGGUCUCUUGGAGCUCCACAAAGAUGAUAACAUCACACCGGCACUUAUGAUUAUGUGCUGUCAGAGAUUGCUUACUCGAAUCGAUAAACUGAGUACUAAACUGCGUGGGAACAUUCUCUACGUCACUCACUAUUACUCGGUAUUAUCGGAAGGAGUUUUGUGCAUACCAUGGGAUUUUAAAUGA